AUUGCAUUUCGCAUUUGACUCUUGAAGGGUAUAUUUUAUUUUGCGUAUACAUUUUUCAAUGAUUGCUAAUCAAUUAGAGCCACAAAACGCGAUCCAUUGAAACCAACUACGAUGCGUAAUGUGCCGAAAUCACUCGGCCUUUUAGUGACAACACCAGGCGGCAGCAGUGCGGCGGGAGGAGCCACAGAAAGUGGCAUAUCGACAAGUGGACGACACAACAGUCUCGAGGACAUCAAUCUGGAUCAGUUUCUGAAAACUAUUAACUAUGAGGACACGGUCAAGCAGCUGGACAUUUACUAUGGCAUCGUUAAACGCCAGCUGCUCCGCUACCAGAGUCCCAUCACUGGCCUAUUUCCGGUGAUGAGCACCGAUCAGGUGGUGGGUUCGGUGCGUGACAGUGUCUAUUGUGCUGCAGCAGUAUGGAGUUUGUAUCAGGCCUACAGACGCAUAGAUGAUGAUCGCGGCAAGUCCUAUGAGCUCGGCCAGAGCACCGUCAAAUGCAUGCGUGGCAUUUUGGAGUGCUGGGUGAAGCAGGCAGAUCGCGUCGAGCUCUUCAAGCAGCGACAGUCCAACACGCAUGCAUUGCACAGCAAAUUUCAAUUGCACACGGGUGAAAAGAUCUAUCCGGACGAGUUCUACAAUCAUCUGCAAAUUGAUUGCGUCUCGUUGUAUCUGCUGUUUCUGGUGCAGAUGAUCACGUCUGGCUUGCAAAUCAUUUAUACCCACGACGAGGUCGCCUUUGUUCAGAAUCUGGUCUACUAUGUGGAGCGCGCCUAUCGCACACCCGACUUUGGCAUGUGGGAGCGUGGCUCCAAGUACAACAAUGGCACACCAGAGAUACACGCCUCCUCCAUAGGCAUGGCCAAGUCGGCGCUAGAGGCCAUUAACGGCUGCAAUUUGUUUGGCGAGAAGGGCGCCUCGUGGAGUGUUGUCUAUGUCGAUAUUGAUGCGCACAAUCGCAAUCGCAGCAUCUUUGAAACCAUGCUGCCACGUGAAUCCAGCUCCAAGGGCGUGGAUGCUUCCCUGCUGCUGACGCUCUCUUUUCCAGCGUUCGCCUCGCAUGAGGAUCGCCUGGUGGAGCAGACCAAACAGAACGUGGUCAAUCGGCUGCGCAGUAAAAUGGGCUUCAAGCGUUUCACGCGCGAUGGUUUCCUGAGCAAGACAGAGGACAAGACGCGACGCUAUUAUCAGCCCGGUGAGCUGAAAGAGUUCGAGGGUCUGGAAUGCGAAUGGCCGUUGUUCUUCAUAACAAUGAUCAUCGAUGGCGUCUUCAAGAAUAACAACGAACAGAUCGAAGAGUUCCAAAACGAUUUGCGUCGCUGUCUGCACACGGAUGCGAAUGGUGAUCCUGUGGUCACCAUGUACUAUGCACCCGAUGGCGAUGGCUCCUAUAUGCGUGCGCCGUCGCAAUCGCUGUUCCUCUGGGGCCAGUCGUUCUUCAUCAUUGCCCAGCUGCUGACCGCUGGACUGUUGCACAUCAACGAACUGGAUCCCAUUAGACGCUAUCUGCCAAGUUAUAAUCGACCACGACGUGCCGGUCGCUAUUCGGCCUUUCAGAAACCACGCGUACCGCUAAUUUUGGAUUCCGAGAAGGGUACCGCCACCGAUUUGGUGGUGCAAAUUGUGCUGAUUGCCGAAUCGAUGCGUCUGCAGGCCAUGAUGGCCACUUAUGGCAUUCAAACCCAGACACCGCAUGAGGUGGAACCCGUGCAAAUCUGGAGCUCGACGGAGCUCAUCAAAGUCUAUCAGCAUUUGGGCGUUAAUAGCAAGGUGGGGCUGUCGGGUCGUCCAUCGCGUCCAGUUGGUUCACUGGGCACUAGCAAGGUGUAUCGCAUCUGUGGCAUGACCGUCCUCUGCUAUCCGCUGAUCUUUGAGGUAUCCGACUUUUAUUUGUAUCGCGAUAUGGCGCUGCUUAUUGACGAUAUCAAGACGGAGCUGCAAUUCGUUGGCAAAUACUGGCGUCUGUCGGGCAGACCCACCGUUUGUCUGCUGAUACGCGAGGAGCAUAUGCGUGAUCCCCAGUUCAAGGAGAUGCUCGAUUUGCUGGCCAUGCUGAAGAAGGGCUAUUGCGAUGGCAUGAAGGUGCGCAUUGGCCGAUUGCAGAACCUCAUCAGCAGCUCCUGCAUCGAACAUUUGGAUUUUAUGAACCAAAGCGAUCUAACGGACAAUGAGAACGCAUUCUCCCAGAUCAAUCACGAAUACAUUGGCUAUCAAUCGCUAACUGAUGUGCCCAAGGCAUUGACCUAUGUCGAGGAGAAGGUCUCCGUGGCGCACUUUGAUAGCAAACCGACGCCGGACAUUAUCCAUGCGCUGCGCAGCACCGAGUCCAUCUAUUGCCUGUGCCAGUUGUGGGGCAUUCUACUUAAUCGCGAGGGCUCACACUUUGAGGUGAAUGGCCUGAAUGUGAGCACGGCUUUGACACAGCUUUAUCAUCGAGCCGGGUCGCUUCGCUAUUGGCGAGCUGUGCGCUAUUGUUCCUCGCUACUGCAUCACAUUGUGGACUCGAUCAGUCCGUUUAUCACCACUGUGCUAGUCAAUGGCAAGGAGCUGACCGUUGGCAUUAUUGGCCAAAAGGAGACGGUGUUCGAUAAACCGAUGACCCCGGCUGAGAUCCAGAAUGUCAUGUAUACCAGCGUCCAGCCGUACGAUGUCAUCCAGGCGGUGCUGCAGCAGGAAGUGGUUCUAUAUUGUGGCCGGCUCAUCGCAACCAAUCCGUCCAUGUUCCGUGGAAUAUUGAAAAUACGCAUUGGAUGGGUGCUCGAGGCCAUGCGCAUAUACUUGCAAAUCUCUGGACAACAGAGCAUCGACGUAGACAAUCUGUCGCCGUUCCAGGUGCGCAUUCUACUGCAGAAGGUGCUCACUGUCAGCGAGUGGGCCCUGGACGAAAAACUCACAACGCUGCAGCGUCGCAAGCUGGAGGGCUGCCUGUGCCGCGUGCCCAAGCACUUUUAUAACAAGAUCUGGGGGAUAUUGCAACGCACGCCGCAGGGCAUCUCGACGCAGGGACACCAUCUACCUGCCACGCCCACGCUGACGAGCAUGAGUCGCGGCGAAUUGACAUUCAAUUUGCUUGUAGAGGAGACGCUAAUGUGCAUUAAUCGUCCAGAGAGGCGUCAAAUAACCGUUGAGCUGCUCUGCAUUGUGGCCACCAUAUUGAAUCGCAAUCCCGAGCUACACUUUAAGCAGGCUCUCGAUUUGGAUGGCAUAAUUGCCGAAGCUUUUGCCAUGUACUGCAAGGAUAACAAUAUACAGAAGCAGCAGCCAUCUAAGUCAGGGGAUCAGCAGCAACAGGACUUGACCGUCUUCUACUCGCUGCCCUAUUCGGAGACAACGGGCUAUUUGGCUCGGGCUGCUGUCAAUAAAGUGUUGCAAGGCGGCAUCUUUUCCACCACCGAGGAUGAUGUCCAGCUCGAUGGCGAUCACUUGCACGAGGAGAAUUGCAAAGUGUCCUAAAACAAAGAAGUAUAUAUAUAUAUAUAUAUAUCGUAGCUUUUGUAUACACAAAACAGAAGACAAUUAUUAUCCAAAGUAGCUCGAAUUUGUAGCUUAUUCUAUUAUAAAAGUGAACAAUUUUAUUUGUCCCUCUAGUUGUUAAUUAAAUGUUAUAUAUAUACAUAAACCUUGUUGCAAGCAACAA